GUGUGUGUGCAGAGUGAGUCCAUCUGAGUGCUGAGAAGUUACAGGAUUUAUUCACACUUUAUUUACACACACACACACACACACACAUACACACACACACACACACACACACACACACACACACACACACACACGGGAAUGUUUCAGGAGUCUGAUGCAUUUUUUCGAAACAUUUCUGAUUCCAGAUAAGAACCAGGCAAGAAAGUUUGUGUCCUCCACAAGUUCAAGCCAGUGUAUCUACACCUGAUCAUGCCAGUGGACAUGGCUGUGCAGCUGUACAUCACACACUCUCCACCCCUGCACAGCUUCCUGAGCUCGUACCAGGACUACAGGACGAGGAACCUCAACCACUGCAAACCCGUACGUUCCUGCAUCAACAGCAAAAACACACACAACUCCCACAACGCUGGGCCUAACACGCCACGCCAUGCCUGGCAGCUUCCCGAACCCAAAGCCAAGAAGAAGGUGGUGUUUGCCGACUCCAAAGGCAUGUCUCUGACCGCGGUCCGUAUCUUCUCUCCAUGCGAAAAUAAAAUACCUGAGUCUCCACUACAGUCCCACUCUCUGAAGCUAGGGGGCAGCCUUAAUACCACACAAAGCAGGAUCCUGGAGUUUCGCCAACCUGCAUCGGACUACCUGGACUUCCGGAAUCGUCUGAUGAAGAAUUCGGUGUGUCUGGAGAGCUGCACACUGCAGGGCCACACGCUCACUGGGACCGUUAAAGUCCGCAAUCUGUCGUACGAGAAAUCCGUCUGCGUCCGGAUCACCUUCGAUUCGUGGAAAAGCUACCGAGAGGUCGCGUGCACGUUCAUGAACGACGUCUGCGGCUGCAGAGACACUGACACCUUCUUCUUCAUGGUGGAAAUUCCGGCACGUGUGCCACCGCAGGAUAGCGUGGAGUUCUGCGUUAGCUUCACCAGCGAUGGGAAGACGCACUGGGACAACAACAACGGAAAGAACUACUCACUGGUGGCCAAACACGAUGAAAACAAGGAAAACGCAGACAAGACAGAUUUGUUUGAUCAAUUCAGAAGGCAGAGAAAGUGCGACAGGAUUUCUAACGAGUGGAAGAGCUGGACGACGGCCAUCGGCGCCCCUACUGGUGACACGCUAACACAGCAAACAUUAUUUUUCCAGAUAUAAGCCAAAAUUCCUCGUAUCACCUGAACAAGGAUACCAGAAACACUUCUUCAGUCAUUUAUCUGAAGAGAAAUCAUCACACACACACACACACACACACACACACACACACACACACAGACAUUUCUUUAUCAUGUAAAUCAGGGGUGUCAAA